GAGUCCUGAACCGGAGGCAGGACCCGACGAACUUCCACACUCGCCACAGGAAAAGUCGGGAAAACACAUCUGUCCCCGCAUGACGCUGUUUGUGUCGGCCUGCGUGUGUCGUUAAAGCCGUAGCGGUGACCGUUAGCGGGCCGGCAGUUUCCCGGAGCGCCGGUGAAGUUGUGGCCGCUGUUGACGGCGGUGUGGUAGCGUCGGGACGCUUUGCCGCUAUGGAGAACAUUCACUGAUCGGAUUUGGAAUUGCUUUUCUUGGAUUUAUCCCCGGUAAACCGAGCUGUUCCCGCAUAUAUCCUAUUGGCACCGUGGAGUAGGAAUAUUUGGAUGAAACAAAAUGCCUGGGAAAACCAAGUACAACCUCGUAGAUGAUGGGCACGAUCUGAGGAUCCCAUUGCACAACGAGGAAGCAUUCCAGCAUGGGAUCAACUUCGAGGCAAAGUACAUUGGCAGUCUGGAUGUGGCGCGGCCGAGCAGCCGAGUGGAGAUUGUGGCAGCGAUGAGAAGAAUACGGUAUGAGUUCAAGGUCAAAAACAUCAAGAAGAAAAAAGUCCACAUCGUGGUGUCUGUAGAUGGCGUGAAAAUCACCUUGAGGAAAAAGAAGAAAAAGAAGGAGUGGACAUGGGACGAGAGCAAAAUGAUGGUGAUGCAGGAUCCCAUUUACAGGAUCUUCUACGUGUCUCAUGACUCCCAAGAUUUGAAGAUCUUCAGCUACAUUGCCAGAGAUGGACAGAGCAAUGUGUUCCGCUGUAAUGUGUUCAAGUCCAAGAAGAAGGUAAGACAGAGAGAAGCUCCGUUUUAA